UGUCAAUUGAGAACUGUCAUUGAAGUUUUGUUCUUUUUAGAAAUAAUUAAUAUUUUGAUAUAAAAAUGUCGAAUAUAGUAGAUAUGUUAAUUGAAAUGGGUUUUAGUAAAGAACGAGCUGAAGUAGCAGUAAAAGAAACUGGUAGUAAAGAUGUGCAAAUAGUAAUGGAUUGGUUGCUAUCUCAUGAAUCUAAUGAUGUAGUAGAUAUACCACCAGUUUCUAAUGAUGCUCAGAUACAAAAUGAAGAUAAUACCGAAAGUAAUAAUGAAAAUGGUGCCGCUUCUGGUCAAGAUGAAUUACUGGAUGAUUCUGGUGCAUCGGCACUUAUCGCCAAGUCUAUAAGAUGUGAUGACUGUGGAAAGCUAUUCAAAACCAAUGAAGAAGUAGAAUUUCAUGCUUCGAAGACAGGCCAUGAGAAUUUUUCUGAAUCUACAGAAGAAAAAAGGCCACUUACUGAUGAAGAGAAAAAAGAACAGCUUGCAAAAAUUGAAGCCAAAUUAAAGCAGCGACGAUUGGAAAGAGAAUCAAAAGAAAAAGAAGAAGCUUUAAUGAGAGAAAAAAAUCGAAUUAAGUCAGGAAAAGAGUUGUUAGAAGCUAAACGAAAACAUGAAGAAUUGGAAAUGAAAAAAAUUAUAGAACAAAGAAAAAGGGAAAAAGAAGAGGAGAAAUUAGCUAAACAGAGGAUUAGAGAACAAAUUGAACAAGAUAAAUUAGCACGCAAAGCAAAGUUUGGUACCCCAGAGGAAUUAGCUGCUGCUAGUGCACCCCCUGCGCCACCAGCGCCAAUUCCUCAAGCUCCACCAUCUAAACAAGCAAAUUAUUCAGAGGUUAAAUUGCAAAUUCGAUUACCAGAUGGUACAGGAUUAACUGAGACUUUUGGAGCCAAAGAACCACUUUCAGCAGUUAGAGUCUUUAUUGAAUUGAAGAGAAAAGCUAAUGAGGGUCCUUUUAGUUUGAUGACCAACUUUCCUAAAAAGAUAUUUGAUUCAGACGAUUAUGAUAAACCCUUGGAUUCGUUAGGUUUGGCCCCAUCAGCAGUGCUAAUUGUAAAAAAGAACUAAUGCAAUUUUCAACAACUGUAAACUUUUUGUUUUAUUCUUUAAGAGUGCUGUAACUUUAUUAAAUAUUUUUAUAAUUAUUGAAAACAAAAUAAACUUAUUUGUUACAA